AUGAUGGUCUUGUCGGUGGCCCUAAAAUGUGCUUUUGGCCUAAUAUUCGUUGUGAUUAUUGUGGUUGGAAUUUUGGGUAAUAUUUUUGUUGCGACAAUUAUUCUGGACCAGAAGCUCUACAACACAUCCAUCAAUUUAUUCCUGCUCAGUCUAGCCAUCGCUGAUCUGGGUAAUUUACUUGCCUGUUGUCCUGAUGUUGCACAGACACUGAUCGACCGUGGCUGGCGUCUACCGGCGCAACUUUGUCCUUUGCUACGUUUCCUGCAGGAAUAUUUUCUUUAUGCCUCCGUCCUCACUCAGGUAUUUUUAUCUGAAGAACACCUCAACUUAUAUCAUGAACAGAUCAGAAAACCUGUGCAGAUUGCGGAUGGGCCUGCGUGA